AUGCGAUUCCCUUGUUUGUUUGCCGUGACUAGUAUCACGGGACUUGCGCUCGCGGCGCCAGGGCAGUCCAUCUCCAAACGAGCAACACCUUUCCUCUGGUUUGGAGCAAAUGAGGCCGGCGCAGAGUUCGGGAGUGGAAACAUUCCUGGGCUGUUGAAUAAGGAUUACAUCUGGCCAUCAACUUCAGCAAUUCAGACUCUGCGCGAUGGUGGAAUGAAUUUGUUCCGUGUUGCCUUCUCAAUGGAACGUUUGAUUCCUGACACCAUGACUUCCAAACCAGAUGCGACGUAUCUGGCAGAUUUGAAAAGCACGGUCGACUUUAUCACCUCCACUGGUGCAUAUGCUGUCAUCGACCCUCACAAUUUCGGACGAUACUACGGGAACGUCAUCACGUCUACCAGUGACUUUGCAGCAUUUUGGAAGACUUUGGCUACAGAGUUUGCUUCGAACGACAAGGUCAUCUUCGAUACGAACAACGAGUACCACACCAUGGACCAAACCUUGGUUCUUGACCUCAACCAAGCUGCCAUCGACGCAAUUAGGGCUGCCGGUGCCAAGUCCCAGUAUAUCUUCGUUGAAGGAAACUCAUGGAGCGGAGCGUGGACCUGGACCACUGUCAAUGACAACAUGAAGGCAUUGACCGACCCAGAAGACUUGAUCGUCUACGAAAUGCAUCAAUACCUGGACUCCGAUGGCUCUGGUACAUCCGAGACUUGUGUCAGCUCGACAAUUGGUCAGGAGCGUGUGGUGGCUGCCACGAAAUGGCUCAAGGAUAAUGGCAAAAAGGCAUUCCUGGGCGAAUUCGCUGGCGGCGCCAACUCUGUCUGCAAAACUGCUGUGACUGGCAUGCUUGAUUACCUGUCCGCCAACAGCGAUGUCUGGCUAGGCGCAGCUUGGUGGUCUGCUGGACCAUGGUGGGGAGACUACAUGUACAGCCUUGAGUCGCCAUCGGGCACCGGCUAUACAUACUACAUGAGUCUUCUUCAGUCAUACGUCCCCGGUUCCGGUGGCUCUACCCCGACAAGCAUACCCACUACCACCGGGGCCACAGCCACUGCUACAACCACCAAGGCCACGACAACCACGACAGCCGCAAGCACUACAGGAGCUGCUCAUUACGCACAGUGCGGUGGGUCUAGCUGGACUGGUUCCACCACAUGCGCCAGCCCGUAUACCUGCCAGAAGCAAAAUGACUUCUAUUCCCAAUGUCUGUAA